AUAUAAAAACCCAACAUAUGCCUUAAAGCCUUGAGAAGAGACUAGAGAGUACAAAGAUAUUCAUAUUGAUGCCUUGAGAGGAGAGUACAGAGAGAUCAAAACAAUUCAGUUUAAUUAUAGAGAUAGUGAGAAAAUGUUGGGUGCAAGAGAUAAGAGAACAAAUCUCUCUGGCUUUCCUUUCUCUUCUUGGUCCCUUGUGUGCUGCAGGAGUGGCUUUAACUCUUCAAGCUCAGCACCACAAAAGGAUUUACCAAACAAUGAAAAUCUUACUAAGAAUUGUUCAUCAGAAUCUUCUAAUAAGAAGAAGCCUGGAGGAUGGAAGGCCAUGCCUUUUAUUUUAGGGAAUGAAACAUUUGAGAGGUUAGCAGCAUUUGGUUUGUUUGCAAACUUUAUGGUGUAUUUGACAAGAGAGUUUCAUUUAAACCAAGUUGAUGCUUCCAACAUUCUCAACAUAUGGUCUGGUAUUACAAAUUUUUUCCCCUUGGUUGGGGCCUUCAUUUCUGAUGCCUACGUGGGCCGCUUCCGAACCAUAGCUUUUGCUUCCUUUUCUUCUCUGCUGGGGAUGAUCAUGAUAACUCUAACGGCCUGGUUACCAAAAUUGCACCCUCCACCAUGUUCUCCUCAGCAACUAGCAUCAAAUCAAUGUGUUAAAGCUAGCACAACUCAUGUGGGAUCUCUGGGUAUAGGACUCUUCUUUUUAAGCAUAGGCUCCGCAGGUAUAAGGCCAUGCAGCAUACCAUUUGGUGUGGAUCAAUUCGACCCCACAACAGAUGAAGGGAAGAAAGGGAUCAACAGCUUCUUUAAUUGGUACUACACCACAUUCACAGUGGUGUUGUUGAUCACUCAAACAGUGGUUGUCUAUGUGCAAGACUCUGUUAGCUGGAAGAUUGGUUUUGCCAUACCAACUCUGUGCAUGUUCUGUUCCAUAAUCUUUUUCUUUGUGGGGACAAGGAUUUAUGUUCAUGUGAAGCCUGAAGGAAGCAUUUUUUCCAGCAUUGCACAAGUUCUAGUGGCUGCUUAUAGAAAAAGAAAUGUUAAUCUUCCUAGUGAGAAGCAGGUAGAUGGGGUUUUCUAUGAUCCUCCACUGAAGGAGAGUGCUGCUUUGUCAAAACUCCCCUUUACCAAUCAAUUCAGGAUCUUGAAUAAAGCAGCUUUGAUAAUGGAGGGUGAGGUAAAUCCAGAUGGGAGCAGAGUAAAUCAGUGGAAUCUUGUGAGCAUCCAGCAAGUAGAAGAGAUCAAAUGCUUAGCAAGAAUUUUCCCAAUCUGGGCAGCUGGUAUCCUAGGCUUCACAGCCAUGGCACAACAAGGCACAUUCACUGUAUCACAAGCCAUGAAAAUGGACAGACACAUAGGAUCCAAAUUCCAAAUUCCAGCUGGUUCACUUGGAGUCAUAUCCUUCAUCACAAUAGGAUUGUGGGUCCCAUUCUAUGACAGGUUCUUUGUCCCAGCAGUAAGAAGAAUCACCAAACAUGAAGGGGGCAUCACUCUCCUCCAGAGAAUUGGAAUUGGCAUGGUGUUCUCUGUUCUGUCCAUGAUUGUAGCAGGCUUGGUGGAGAAAGUGAGAAGAGGAGUUGCAAAUUCUAAUCCCAACCCACUUGGCAUUGCUCCAAUGUCAGUGAUGUGGCUGGCACCACAGCUAGUGUUGAUGGGUCUGUGUGAGGCAUUCAAUGCAAUUGGACUAAUUGAAUUCUUUAACAGGCAAUUUCCUGAACACAUGAGGAGCAUUGCUAAUGCAUUGUUCUCAUGUUCUUUUGCUCUGGCUAGCUAUGUUAGCAGCAUAUUAGUGAGCACAGUUCAUCAUGCCACUAGAACACACAGUCAUCCAGAUUGGUUGACAAAUGAUAUCAAUGCUGGGAGGCUUGAUUACUUUUACUACCUCAUUGCUGGGAUUGGAGUGUUGAACUUGAUUUAUUUUCUGUAUGUUGCACAAGGAUAUCAUUACAAGGGAAGUGUGGAACUCCAAGGUAAAGAAGAUGUGGAGUUAGGUUCAAAGGGGGAAUUAGAUUACUAUACUGGUCCUAGGUUUGAAGAUUCUAAGUAAUUGAGGGAGCAAAAUUGUGUGUGUGUGAGAGAGAUAGAGAGGUUCCUAUCUUUUUUUCUAUGUAAUUUGAACCGCGAAAUAAGGUUAAUCGUCCAGUUUACUGGUUUUAUACAUAUUAACUAGAUA